AAAAAACAUAUCUGUAGUAAAGCAGGAGGGUAGGCUAUCAGGCACACGCUUCUGGCAACCACUUGCAAAAUAGUAUCAUCUAAAUUGACUUCUAAAGAAAUUGUGCGAGUGCUGUCCGCAGUAACACACAUCAGUUUUAUUGAACUAACAUUCCAGUGGAAAUUUGGCUUAGAACCAAAGAUGGAAGAUCUGGAUAAGUUGCUGGAAGAACUCCAGAACACUUCAUCCCAGCUAAGUUCAGGACGUCCUUCAUCAACGUCGCAAGCUGCCCCUGUCCCACCAAGCCCGAUUUCUCCAUUGUACUUGGAAAUUCCAAACGGUAACCAGGUACCCAGAAAACCUCAGCGUCAAGACAUUCCUGAAAAUCACUUCAAUUCAAAGCCUCAACAGUUCAGCCAGCCUUCACCAUUGUACAGUGAAGUACAAUUGGACUUCAAGCCAUCACAUUCCAGCACCCCUCCCCCAAAGCCGGCCUACAAGGGAGAAGCGGUGAAUAACUUUGCCAAUAGUACAUACCAACCAACAAGCAACAUGUCUGCUCUUAGUAAUCUGUCUGAAUUGGACAGCCUACUGGAAGACUUAGCAGCCGCACAGAUUGGAACCGUUAAACCAGUACCCACCAAGCCAGCCCCACCACAGACUGCUCCCAAACCAAAAAAGCCAUCACAAACGGAUAAUAUCUUCACUGAAAUAGAUGCGUCGACCAGGACAAAUGGGCAAAGGUCUCAACCAUAUCAAGGAGGAGUGACCCAGUCACCAAGCUAUAACCAGCAUGCACCAAGUCCUACCCAGAAUAAACCAAGCUACACACAGAAUGCACCUUCACCUCUGCAGCAACAGUCUGCACUUAAGAGUCCGCCAGUUAUCAGCUCUCCACCUCCACGUUCGGCAUCUUCUGCAACAAAAGAAUUGGAUGACCUGAUGGAGUCCCUUUCAGAUUUCAAAAUGAAUCAUAUACCACAAGUAGUUGAUACGAAAGCCCAUGACCCCAUGAAAACAGCCCCAGUUUCUCAGCAAGCAUCCAUUGAGCAUAACCCUAGCAAUCAGCUUGACUCUAUGCUGCGUCAUUUGGAUUCUGACAUGAGUCGACAAGGGGUCAACACGGUAGCUAAAGGUCACUGUGCUGCUUGCAACAAGCCUAUUGUCGGACAGGUUGUGACCGCUCUUGGGAAGACUUUUCAUCCGGAACACUUCACCUGCAGUCACUGCCAUCAGGAAUUAGGCUCCUGCAACUUUUUUGAGCGAGAUGGAGUGGCAUUCUGCGAACGUGAUUACCAUAACCUAUUUUCACCGAGAUGCGGCUACUGCAACGGUCCUAUUCUUGAUAAAUGUGUGACAGCAUUGGAUAAGACGUGGCAUCCAGAGCAUUUCUUCUGUGCUCAGUGUGGGCGUGCAUUUGGAGAUGAUGGUUUCCAUGAGAAGAAUGGCAAAGCGUACUGUAGGGAAGAUUACUUUGACAUGUUUGCACCUAAGUGUGGAGGGUGUCAUCGAGCCAUCAUGGAAAACUACAUGACUGCCCUCAAUGCCCAAUGGCAUCCUGAAUGUUUUGUGUGUGGGGAAUGCCGUAUGCCUUUUAAUGGAGGUAGUUUCUUUGAUCACGAUGGUAUCCCAUACUGCGAGACGCAUUACCACGCGGUGCGUGGCUCACUCUGUGCCGGCUGUAAGAUGCCUGUUACCGGGCGAUGUAUCACCGCCAUGGGAAAGAAGUUCCACCCGGAGCAUUUUUCGUGCGCGUACUGCCUGAAGCAGCUCAAUAAAGGCACGUUCAAGGAACAGAAUGACAAACCUUACUGUCACGCUUGCUUUACCAAGUUGUUUAGCUAAGACACUAGACCUCUAUAAGGUUUCUAUUAGUGCUAAUUACAGAAACAUAGAUUAACGUUAUAUUUAUUCCUAAGGCUGUAUUCUGCAAUGGAUCUUCCCACUAAAUUCUGCCUCUUGAAUAUUGUUGCUAAGGUCUCACAAAAUGUCAGUGUUAAAUCAUAUGCAAACACUGAUCACUAAUAUAAUAGCUGGAUUGCUCAUCGGCUAAUCCUGGUACAGACAAAAGUAAGGCCUCCGACGCCAUGUUGGGGGCCUAAGUGACGUACCAGUUUAGAAAAGUUUCUUUUGGCAUUUGUUUAAAUAAUGAUUCUUGCAAUACUUUUCAAUAAUAAAUUUUACUUUAACGUAGGAAUUAUUUUCAAACCAUCUAACCACUCAAUGCGACAGUUUAUGCAGUUUUCAAAAGCACAAGCGAAGUCACAUUGUUAUAGUGACAUCAAUUCCUAACAACGCAAAUAACUUCGCUUGCGCUUUCUUACAUAAAAAGUCACAUCAAUAGAUAGAUGAUAAUAAUCAUUACUUUAAAUUCAAAUUUAAAGUAAUGAUUAUUAUCAUCUAUCUAUUGAUAAUAAUAAUUACUUUAAAUUCAAAUUUAUUAUUAGAAAGUUUUGCAAGAAUCGUUAUUUUUAACAAUAAUUUAAACAAAUGCCAAAAGAAACUUGUCUAAAAUGAUACGUCACUUAGGCCUCCCAACAUGGCGGUGGUGGCCUCACUAAAACCAGCCAAUGAGCAAUCCAGCUAUUAUAGUAGAGAUCAGUGUAUGCAAACACAUCUGUUUGUGGGACAACAUGUACUCUUGUUAUACAUGUGAGUAUUCCUGGCCCUGAUUGGUCAGUUAAGUUUGAUUGACAGCCCAGAAAGGUACUUUACCUUACAAAUAUGCAGUUCUCUCUACAACUGUAAAGUUCUCGUUGUAUUUUUAAUUCCUGUUUCCAUUAUACUUAGUGGCUUGCACAUCAUCUGUAAUUUAUUGUUGACUCGCACCUCAACAAUUCAUCUUUUUAUUACUCAUUUAGAUUUACAGUCGAUCAGCCAAUCUUAGUUAACUAACAGUUAGAAUGUAUUAUGUGCAUAAGUGUAACAUUAACAGUUCGAGUGUCAGCCGCUCCAAUAUCAUUUUUAUAAUAAAACAACAAUUAAUGGAAGUCAACAUUUUAUGUAGUAAGCCUAGAAACAUGUGUUUCUGUGUAAAGUGUGCUCUUAAUUAAGUUUCACCAUUGAUGGUUACAGCCUUAAGCUGUGGGAGGCUCUAUGUUAAGCUUGGAUUCCAUACAUCGAUCGCUAAACACUAUCGUCGACAGGUUCCAGUGAUGCUAAUGGAUUCGGUCGAAUCAGGGAGCCUCCCCAAUUGUGUCGGGGACUUCUUCACAGUAACGCUUGCACUGAAAACACUGUAGCGAUUUUAAGGAAACCAAGCUUUGCAGUAAAAUAUGUUUCUGUUGAUAGUAUGGGCUGAAGCUGUUUAGCAGCUUUUAACAUAUUUUUAUAAAAUAUAUUUGGCAAUCACUAUGCUUUUUAUGUACAGUAUCAUAUUUUGUAUUAUCAUUAUGAAAAAUUACAAAUUGAUGAUCAUAAACAUUGUCAUUUCUUCCUGAUUUUAAACUUCUAUUUUAACCCGCAUUGAUAGUAUUCGUUUAUUCGGUAUAAGUUAUCUUGUACAUUAUUUAGUGCAAGACAUAUAUGAUGGGUUAUUGAUAAAAAAUAACAAAAAAAAUUCAUUUACUUUAUAAUAAAUCAUACAUGAACAUGAUUUGAUUGGGGUUUGAAAAACAAUGAUGAUUAAUACAAUGAAUUGUAUGAAAAUUGGAGGAGAAAGUAAUAUAGGUCUAAAAAUGUAAUGUUGCAGGAUAAUGCAGUAAAGCCCAUAAGGUAAUUUCCAUUGGAUCUUUAAAUAUAUACUUUCUUUAUAUAUAAUACUGUACUAAUAUAUUUUUCUGGUGAAACGUAUAAUGAUUUAUCAUUUAUAGCAAUAAUUUGAUUGAUUGAUGGUUCAGUGGUUGAUUGAUUGAUUGACAGAGUGAAAUGGAAUAAUAAUUAUUGCAUCACCCUUGACAUGUAUUAGUUUAUAUUUCAAAGUUUCUAUUCAAGUUUGAAUGUUCUUUUUAUGCAAAUGUUUCAUGUUAGUGUGCUGAUUGAAAAACAAUGUUAAACGCAAGUGCUGUAUGUGUAUAAAAAAAGUUUUGUAGAAAACGAAGUAUGUUUUAAUGUUGACAAAAGUGAAAGGAAUGAUUUUGUAUUUCAGGAGAGAAACCGAUUCAUGAAAUUGAAACAUGUAUCAAUUAUUCAGACUUGUAUUGAAACCUGCAGCAGUCUUCAGCUUUAAUGCAUUGUUCCCUCCUAUCCUACGCAAUCCCCUCAUCCUCCUAAUCACAACCCUUUUUAACUUGCAGAAACUCUUUAAGAAUUUAGAUUUUUAUAAUAAUAAUUUAGCUGUUGAGAACAAGAAAUUUUAAAAUUCUCAGUGUUGUGUAUGAAAAUUUUGCAAAGUGGAUAUUUGUGGACUUUUUAAGGGUUUUCUUGAUGACAAAUAUGAUGCAAAGUGUAGGUCGUAGGUCAUUACACAGACUUAAUGAUAAUUAUAAUGUUAGAUUUGAGCAUGGUCAGUCAUGUUUAGUGCAUAGAUAACUUAAAUUGACAAAAAAAUAAAAUACCUAUAGUUUUUAAAAUUGACAAUACUCCGUAUGUCAUGUGAAUGAUGGUAAUUUUUAAUCCAUUAUUUAAGUCUAUUAAUAAGUAUGGGAAAUUCAUAACUAACCAGGUGUUAAAUUAUCUUUAUACUAAUGAAUAUUUUUUUAUAGUUAUGUUAUGUUAUUUAUAUUCUGUUGUAUUAAUGAUAACUAAUAAUGCUUUGAUAUUGUGAAUAAUAAUGAAUGAAUUUUUAGUAGGUGUUUUAUUUGUAUAAUUUUCACAAUAUUGGCCAAACUAUAUGUGCUUCCAAUAGGGGCCACUAUUAUGAUAUCUAUAUAUUAAUUAGAUAUUAUAAGAUAUGGUAAUGUGAAUUUAUUUUUCGGUUUCUCUUCUUAUUCAUGAUAUAUGUUAAAGCGAUUCCUCAUAUGACAGAUUAUUGAGGGCCUCUAAAAUGCAAGCAUGUCUUCAUUGCAGGCCUCUGUUUUGUUGGUGCUUUGUGAAGUGAAUAUAAUUCUUGUUAUUUAUGCUUCAACUAUGUUGUGUAACAAUUUUCUAGGCUGGGUAACAAUCUGUUGUGCAACAGUUUACCUAGACUAUGUACCAGCAUUCAUAGUGUGCAACAGUUUUUCCUAGCACUGGUGCUAGUAGUGAGCAAUGUUCCUUCAAAUACAUGAGAUUGUCUUAUAUAGUCAACAGCACUUUACAGACUAGCAAAAUGACAGUCAAAAGAAGAAGUUUAACACGUUGACUGCCAGACCAUUUUUUAAGGUUCCUUCCAGUGUGCAAAAACAAGUUUACAUGUACAGACAAAAAAAAUAUUAGGGUUGAUGGCACUGUGACAGCACUUUUUUGCUGACAAUGCCAAGUACGAGUUAUCUCGUCCGCUUUUUGCAUGGGUUGGUAUAAGUUCAAAGGGCACCCACACUUGCACCGCUCGAGUGUACUACCGGCAACAUAACACAACAAAUGUACAUUCAUCAUUUGUAUGUUAUCAUUUAUGUGGAUCUUCCCGAACUACCAGCCGUUGAGUCUGCGGUUCUACAACGUAUAACAAAGAAGUAAUAAACGCUAGAAUGUUAACCUGAUUUUAAUGAGUAUACUCGUCCCCGGCGCCCUCAGCAACACCCUGUGGGGCUAGUAUACUUGUCGCUGGCAACCAACGUGUUAAUAAAAACAUUACAGCACACUGAAUAAAGUAAUGCAAGGCAUUACUGUUCUAUUUUGAACUUAAUACAUUUCCAGAAUAUUUACAGAAUUGAAAGUGAUGUUCUCAUCUUUAUUACUACUUAAACAUAUAUGUCAUAUACAACAGAAUCAGUAUUCGCUGUUUAUAUCCCUUAACAACAUAUUAAAAAAUGAAUUAUAACUUUGUGUGAAAGCGCAAAAAAAUUGUAUUAACAUAUUAACUAACAGUGUUUCAAUAUUGAUAGAUUUAAAUGAAUAGACUUUGAAUCACAUUACAAAUUUGGGCUUAAAUUCCAUGCAAUAUGAUGCCAUGAAAUAUUUAUUUCAUACCAUACAUACCUGUACUGUGAAUAUUUUAUAGAGGCGCUAUGUGUUUCAUAAUAAAAACAGCUUUGAAUAAAUUUUGAAAGUUGUUGAAAUUGAUGCUAAAUUAAAAAGUGUCAAAAGUAGUCAUAAGUUUUACAAAAUAAUUAUAAACAAUAUAUAUUGCAUUUGUCUUGAAUUCAGCCAUCAAAAAUUAUGCCAAUGAAGUUUGAUGUGAAUUCUGUAUCAGUAAAAUUAUUUCGCAUUGAGUUUUAUCGCCACAAAUUGAGUGUGUAAAAUGAUUAUGUGCAGACAUGAGACAUAUCGCAAUAGACUUGCCUCAUGGUUGCCUCAUGGGGAAGGACACAUAUAUACACAAAGUAAUUAAUGUAUAUUACUAAUAGUAAUGUAAUUAUGCAAAGUAUAGUUUACCAUCACACAUAGGACUGAUGUGAUUUUCUUGAAAGCGCUGUCCUUUGAGUAUGAUUUGAAUCUCAUUUUAAACAUGAACUCAAUAUAUGUGUAACCCAUGUGAAAUUAGCUAAAUUUGGAUCAGUUUGAGUAAGAACUCAAUGACAAUGUGAGUAUGUAAGGAAUUGAGUAUAUGCUCUAUAUGGAUGUUUUUAAAAUAGUUUGUACAGGAGGUAGGAGAUCACAACAUUCUAAUUUUAUUCAUUCGUUUUUCGUACAAUAAAUGUCUUGAUAUCUUGCAAA